UAGCAGUAGCUAGUUUGAUGCACGUUCACUGUAGUUUUUUCAUCGAAAUAAAUCUAUAAUUUUUCACUGAUUGUUUUAUAGUUUAUACUCAAACGAAAAUUUGUCGAAAAAGGUAUAACUCUAUUUUUUUAGAUAAGUCGAAAUGAAGAAAGUUGUAUUUAUGUUCAUUCUACUUGGAGUGGUCUCCAUAGACUUUGUCAAAGCUGAUGCUAAUGUAGAUCAAGCCAUAAAUGAUUUAAGAUCAUGUAUAAUGAGCAUUGAAGUAAUAGAAACAUACAAGUUGGAUAUUAAUUUGUUGGAAAAUGAUAAUACACUUCGCACAGCUUUUGAGGAUCCAUUAUCAAUAGAAAAAGUAAAAAAGAAUAAGAAAAAGAAAGAUAUGGGGAAAAAGAAUAAGGGUGAUAAAAUAGAUGAAGAAUCCCAGAAAGACGGGGAAGAAAAGAAAGAGAAAAAGAAAAGUAAAAGUAAAAAGAGCGAGAAUGAGGGCGAAAAUAUUGAUGAAGAAUCCCAGAAAGAUGGAGAAGAAAAUAAAAAUAAAGAUAAAGGUAAAGGUAAAAAGAACAAGAAGGGCGAUAAAAAAGAUGAAGAAUCCCUAAAAGACGAAGAAGAAAAUAAAAAGAGCGAGAAUAUAGAUGAAGAAUCCCAGAAAGAUGGGGCAGAAAUGGAAGAGAAAAAUAAUGAUAAAAAGAGCAUGAAGGAGGGUAAAGACAAGGGAGAGAAAAAUAAAGAUAAAAAGAAAAAGAAUAAGGACGAUAAUGGAGAUGGAGAAGAAAAUAAAAAGAGCGAGAAUAUAGAUGAAGAAUCCCAGAAAGAUGGGGAAGAAAAGAAAGAGAAAAAUGAUAAAAAGAGCAAAAAGGUGGGUAAAGACAAGGGAGAGAAAAAGAAAGAUAAAAAGAAAAAGAAUAAGGACGAUAAUGGAGAUGGAGAAGAAAAUAAAAAGAGCGAGAAUAUAGAUGAAGAAUCCCAGAAAGAUGGGAAAGAAAAGAAAGAGAAAAAUGAUAAAAAGAGCAAUAAGGUGGGUAAAGAGAAAGACGAUAAGAAACCGAAAAAAGUAAAACUUUUAUCAAAGCAUUUAUGUGCCUACCUGGCUUCUAUAGAAAAAGCCAAUAAGGAGUGUGUUUCUAAAAUGAAUCAAUGUAGUGAAGCAUUUUUUAAUCAAGCACCUUUGGAAGUAGAGAAAAAAGGAAAUAUAAUCAUACCUAUCCUUUAACAUUUUGUACUUCAUUUUACUGUUGAUAGGUAAUUUAUGUUCUCUAUCAAUUUUCAUUUUAAAUUUUAUUCUUUACAUAUUUUAUUACAAGCUAUUUUUUGUUAA